AGUCACAGGCACUGGGCUAUAGAUACGGUUCAAAGUCCCGCUAUAGAUUGUGUUUAAGUGUUCAGAUAGUGUGAAGCCUCAUGCUGUCAAAAGUUUCCUUAGCCCUGUUUAUUCUUUGGAACUAAUCGUCAGGCAAUGUAGCAGCCAUUCAUUGCGCAAACACACUUUGGUUAUGACUAACAAUUUCAAACAAAACAACAAUAUUUUUAAAACAACCAUAACAAUGAAUUCAUUCUUUUGACAAGAAGAUAAACACCAAGAUCGAGAGGUCGAAGUAAUCCUUGUAUUCAGAAGGAUCCUGGCGUAGAAGCACAAGACCUCCAGCUUCAUUCCGGCACAGCAGCAGGACGAAAACAGUUGAGUGAGAGCACAGGAGGGAACAGGAAAAAUUAGCUACAUUAAGGAAAACUAAAAGAAAAGGUUAUCUCAAUAGGCGGUGUACCUCACCGCUAUUUAGAGAGUAUGCACAGGAACACGUUACCUGGAUAGAGAACAUACAAGAACAAAAUACCGAGAUAGUCAGCGUACCCAUGAACCUGUUACCUGGAUAGAAAGUGCAAACAGGAACAGGGACACUGGGACUCACAAGCAGGUUACCUGGAUAGAGAACCUGCCAGAACAGGUUAUCUGGAUAGAGAGAGUACAGGAAAGGGUUACCUGGAUAGAAUUACACAGGAACAGCGACACAAAGGCUUCCGCGAGCAGGAGGAAAGAAACAGGAGCCACAAAUCUUUUGACCCCACCUGUGGCUCAGAGGGAGCAGAGUGCGAGAGCCAGGAGUGAGGUACCCAUCAGGCGACUUUCCCCAGGUUCACCUCCUCCCUGCCCUCCCCCCAAGGAUCGUUGCUGAAGGAGCACUGGAUUUAACAUCUAACAGACAGUACGGAGGAACCAUGAACACAAGCUACGCUUCUUACGAAUACUACGAUUACCCCGACUGGAGCGACAGCAGAGGAGCUACCAAGCCCCCUGUGGAGGUCAUUCUGCCAUGCGACCCCACAGUCGACGACAAGCUGUUCCACAUAUGCAUCUCUGCCAUUUCUCUUGUAGUGAUGCUGAUCCUCAUCGUCUUGGCCAGACAAAGGAAUCCAAGCCAUCGGAAAGGUGUCACAGAUUUAUUCAGUCCAGUAAACUUCCUGAAUCAGACACAGCGGAAGGGCCUGACAGCGGCCGUGUUUGGGGUACUCUUCUGCGAGCUCUCUGUGGUGGUCCUGUCCCCAAACCCCCUCCCCUUCGUCCAGGACCCCUCUUUUGGGCACAGAGAGUUAUGGAAGAUCCUGGCCCUGUUCUACUACCCUGCUCUCUACUACCCCCUGCUGGCUAGUGGUACACUGCGUAGCAAGGCAGCGUACGUGCUGGGCAGCCUGCUAUCCUGGGUGCAUCUGGGCGUCCUUAUCUGGCAGAAGGCCGAAUGCCCGAAGACUCCUCAGAUCUAUAAGUUCUACGCCCUGUUUGCCAGUCUGCCUCAGAUGGCAGGCCUGGUGUUCCUUAGCCUCCAUUACCCUCUGCUCCUGCUGAAGAGCCAGAAAGAGGCCAGCACCACGGAGACCAGCGAUGCUGCUGAGGGUCUUGACAGCAGCUACUAUAAAGAUUAUGUCAAGAAAAUAUUAAAGAAAAUCCCUUCUAAGACCAGUACCUCCAGCACAGACAAGCCAAAACUGUCCAAGAGACUCUCUGAUACCCUGAAAGCUUACAUCUACACUCCAGAGGAAGUGUUCAGGAUUCCCAUUCUGCUGGCCGCAUCUGUGUUAGUGUCUUUCAUUGCCAUCUAUCAGAUGACGCUGUUACUGGUAUCAGCAUUUGUGCCCACUCUCCAUAUUGUCCGUGCAGGGGUGGAUGAAGAUAUCGCCUUCCUCUUGGCUGGCUUCAACAUCCAUCUGUCAGAUGACCGGGCAGAGGUCGUGAAGAUUGUGGUCUACUACAUGUGGUGUGUUGAGGUGUGCUACCUCUCUGCCAUGACGUUAUCCUGCCUGAUCAGCCUAGUCAUGCUCAUGCGGUCCAUGGUCUUGCACAGGUCAAAUCUCAAAGCGCUGUACAGGGGAGGUGUAAACGAUGUCCACAGCCGCCUGAAGGCCUCACGACCCUCGCGCUCCGCCCUUGUGUGCUGGAUGGGCUUCACCAGCUACCAGGCUGCCCUCGUCUGCAUAGGGAUGGUCAUCCAGACGAUUGUAUUCUUCAUCUGUCUCCUGUUUGCUGUUUUUCUCCUCAUCAUUCCCAUCCUGCACGGGCAGAACCUCAUACUCUUCAACAUGCUCAAGAGCACAUGGCCCUAUUGGUUGACGUUGCUCUCUGUCUUGGUUAUUCCUCACGUGGCUGCCAAGCUGGCCUUCAUCAAAACGGACGCAGGGACAAGGGACUUGGACAACAGGAGCGCUCUGUUCCUGCUGACUUACCUCCUCUUCCUGGUAAACGUCCUUGUGGGGGCGUUUUUGGGGGCAUGGCGGUUGGUGGUCACCGCCCUCUACAACAUCAUCCACCUGGGCCGCAUGGAUAUCAGCCUGCUCAACCGCGGGGCGGCGACUUUCGACCCUGGGUAUUCUUGCUAUGUGCAGUAUCUGAGGAUAGAGGUGAACCAGUCCCACCCUGUGAUGAAGGCAUUCUGUGGGCUGUUGCUGCAGUCAGUCAGAAGGGAUUGCAGUGCGGUAAAGAAGAUGUGUGAUGCAGAGGAGGGCAUCCAGCUCGUGGGUCAGGAGAAGUGGCAGGCCAGGUCAUCCAGCGCCAGACGUGCGCGGGCGCGCUGGCUCCUCCUCCUCACCCUCGUGAAUAACCCCACCUUGGUGGGCUCCAGGAAGCCCUUCCAUAAGCCAGGCUCUGAAGACCUUGUGAACGGGACGCUCAGCCACGCCUCUGCUGCUGCCAACGCCGCCAUCGCCGCGGAGCCCAGCAGGAAGGAUGGCGGGAAAGACAGUGAAACGCCGCGCCCGUCUGACACAACCCGCCCACCCUCGAAAACGCACCUGGUGUGAAAUUGGCUUAAUGGAAGUAGACAAGUGACACUACCUUUAAUGAAUCACUUCCUAGCUUUGUGGCUUUACCAGGAUAUUAUGAGGGGUUGUUGCUCUUUAUAUCAUACAAACUUUUGGAAGCCCUUUUAAGGCCUACAUAACUUUGUGAGCUUGAAAUUAUUACCUCUGUAAAACAUUUGUAAAGAACAGUAGAGCUUUAUGACAGAUGUAGUAAAAUGAUGUACACAUUGUUAUGUAAAAAUUAAUUACAUGAAAACAUCUAGCACUACAUGUUAAAUGUCUUAAAGGUGAACUUUUUUUUGACUCGAUUAAGGUAUUAAAACCGCUUUGUAUAAGUUAACUUCCGCUUAAGACUAUCUGUGUGGGGCUCUAGAGGCAGCAGCCGGCAUGUCAUGAAUGGUCUAGAUGGAAAACCAUGUCAAUCCACUCCCGCUGUUGUUUUUUUUUUUUUUUUUUGCGCACUUAUUCAGAACUAGACGGUAGCGAAGGAUGCACUCCAUUCCAACCUGAUCCCAAGUUUAAAAGGCUGUUUAUGGAUCUAUAUAAUGCUGUUUAAUGGAUUUCGUUUAUUUUAAGCAUCCUUCUGUUUUCACACUUAAUGUAAUAUUGGAUGUAGUAAGCAUUGCUAAUACUCACUUUUUUUUUUUUUUUUGAAGAAAAGCAAUAUAUGAAUAUAUAAUAUUUUACGAUUGUCGUGGUAACACGCUUUCACCAGUAAUUUUAUUGUUGUUUUCCUUUAAUUAUCAGUAUUGUCUCAGGGUCAAAGGUAAUGUUAUCCAACACUUCACUCUUUGUUGCUCUUUCAUUUCCUUGAUGCCUGAGACCUCCAAAGUGCCUUGAACAUUUAAGAAUGAAUGCUAGAUGUGAUUAGAAUUAAAAAGGUUUAAACGAAA